AGAGAGAAACAAAACACAAACUCGCACCCACCUCUCUCUCUCUCUCUCUCUCACCUCUCUCCACAUUUUUGCCUCCAUCUCCUCCAUCUUCUCUCCCCUUCUCGAUUCCCAAAAAAAAUCAUCCCACCAAAAGAUAGAAGGGGAAAAAAAAAGAGCGAGAUAACCAAACCCUAACCCUACCACCGAAUCUCGAGCUCCCCCCUCGUAAUGCAAGCAGUCGCCGCCUCCCCCUCGCAAGAAUCGAUCGCGAUCGGAACUCGGAGAUGAUCGCCCGAUCGAGGUUGGAAGGAAUUGCAGGUAAUUUAAAUCAAGAGUGACUUGCAUGGGGAUAGGAUGCCAGAGUUGCGAAGUGGAGCUCGGCAAGCUCGUUUGAGAUCCAAGAAACUUGAGGAGACACCAACCCAACAACAACAACCACCACCAUUAGAACAAGCUGAGAACUGUGUUCCUCCAGCUGCUAACAAUAGAACGGGAAGGCGAGGACGAGGAAGGGGAUCAAAGGCUGCAGCAGUAGCAAAAGGACCUGCUGCUAAUCAAACUAGGCCUGGUAGGGGAAGAGGAAGAGGGGCUAUUAAACUAAUUGAUUUAGACCUUGAUCAGCCUUGUGAAGUUUUGCCUGGAGCCGCUGCUGCUGCUGGGGGAGCUGUUGCUGGUGGUGCACAGGACUUGUUGAACCAAGCGGGAGAGGGUGCUGCUGGGAAGGAAGUGGCCAUGGAUGGUGGUAGUGCAGAUAAGUUGUUGGGUGAAGAUGAUGCCAAUGCAGCUCCUGUUCCAGAGAGAGUCCAAGUUGGUAACUCCCCUGUAUAUAAAGUAGAGAAGAAGUUGGGCAAAGGUGGUUUUGGUCAGGUAUAUGUUGGAAGAAGGGUAAAUGGUGGGACAGAACGCACAGGUCAAGAUGCGUAUGAGGUGGCACUGAAAUUCGAGCAUCGCAGCAGCAAAGGAUGCAACUACGGUCCACCAUAUGAGUGGCAAGUUUAUAACACUCUCAACGGUUGCUAUGGAAUACCAUGGGUUCAUUUCAAGGGACGUCAAGGAGAUUACUACAUUCUGGUAAUGGAUAUGCUUGGACCUAGUCUUUGGGAUGUUUGGAACUCUGUAGGGCAGGCGAUGUCACCGAACAUGGUGGCUUGCAUCGCUGUGGAAGCUAUAUCGAUCCUUGAGAAGCUUCAUUUGAAGGGGUUUGUACAUGGAGAUGUCAAGCCAGAGAACUUUUUACUAGGCCUCCCUGGGACUGCUGAUGAGAAAAAACUUUUCCUUAUUGAUCUUGGUUUGGCAUCUAGAUGGAAGGAAUCAUCAUCAGGUCAACAUGUUGAUUAUGAUCAAAGGCCGGAUAUUUUCAGGGGUACAAUAAGAUAUGCAAGCGUACAUGCCCAUUUAGGCCGCACAGGGAGUAGGAGGGAUGAUCUCGAGUCACUGGCCUACACACUUAUUUUCCUCAUCAGAGGAAGGUUACCCUGGCAAGGUUAUCAGGGAGACAACAAGAGUUUUCUUGUUUGUAAGAAGAAGAUGGCUACUUCUCCAGAGUUACUGUGUUGCUUUUGCCCGUCUCCAUUUAAAAAUUUCCUUGAAAUUGUCACAAACAUGAAGUUUGAUGAAGAGCCAAAUUACUCCAAGCUCAUUUCUCUCUUUGAUAGUUUGAUUGAACCAUGCACUCCGUUGAGACCUAUAAGAAUUGAUGGAGCUUUGAAGGUUGGACAGAAGCGUGGAAGAUUGCUUGUGAAUCUUGAAGAAGAUGAGCAACCUAGAAAGAAAGUUCGAUUGGGAAGCCCUGCAACCCAGUGGAUUUCAGUUUACAAUGCAAGGCGUCCAAUGAAGCAGAGAUACCAUUAUAAUGUGGCGGACUCAAGGCUUCAUCAACAUGUAGAGAAGGGUAACGAAGAUGGCUUGUACAUCAGUUGUGUGGCUUCUUCAGCAAACCUUUGGGCUCUUAUUAUGGAUGCAGGAACAGGCUUUUCUGCCCAGGUUUAUGAACUCUCACCUGUCUUUCUGCACAAGGACUGGAUUAUGGAGCAGUGGGAGAAGAACUAUUAUAUUAGUGCUAUAGCAGGAGCAACCAAUGGAAGUUCAUUGGUUGUGAUGUCCAAAGGAACACCAUAUACUCAGCAGUCCUAUAAAGUUAGUGAAUCAUUUCCUUUCAAAUGGAUCAAUAAAAAGUGGAAGGAAGGCUUUCACGUCACUUCUAUGACUACUGCUGGAAGCCGCUGGGGGGUGGUUAUGUCCAGGAAUGCUGGCUAUUCUGAUCAGGUUGUAGAAUUAGAUUUCCUUUACCCAAGUGAAGGAAUUCAUCGGCGAUGGGAAAGUGGUUACAGGAUAACUGCUACUGCAGCAACUCCGGACCAAGCUGCUUUUAUACUAAGCAUACCAAAAAGAAAACUGUCAGAUGAGACCCAGGAGACUCUCCGGACAUCUGCUUUUCCUAGUAACCAUGUAAAGGAAAAAUGGGCAAAGAAUCUCUAUAUUGCAUCGAUUUGCUAUGGUCGGACUGUCUGUUGAUCACAGGCUCGAUGCAUCUGAUUUUGGAGCUGAAGACACCACCAGUUUUGAAAUAUGCAAGUGCUCAUGCUUGGAUUUGCAGUGGUGUCACGAGGGCAGAGGCUUAUUUCGCUCAGGCUUGUGAACAGCAUUGGGGGGUGAGGGGGUUGAUUAACUGCUCUUUAUAUGAAUCUGAUAGGCAGGAAAAAUAUGCUUUCUCUUCAUUGUUGUAAAAAUACUGCAGAAGUUUGGGUUGUGAACAUGACUUAGUAGCAUUAUGGAAAAGAGUGAACAAGUUGGAGACUGAUAUUCAUCAAAAUCACAGCUCACAAGCUUUCAGUAAGAUUUUGUAUCAGUUCCAUCUUGUAUUGGCCUUAGCAAAUAAUCUUGUUAAGUCAUGGUUAAUAUAUGUUCGCACUUUUAUUACUUAGAUUGACUCUGAAUGUAAGACUGCAUGCAAGUUUCAGUCCCAAUAUUAGAUCACGUUUGAGGUCGA